CUCCACGUUAAUAGGCUAUUUGUCUUCAUAGAUGGCUGAAGACAACAUGGCCUCAGGUAAUCGCGUUAUUAAUACUUUGAGUUCAUAAUAAUGAGUAACAUAUCUGUUUAGUUUGUCCGGUAUGUUAAACAAAGCGUUUAUGUUACUAUUCUUUAUCAUUUUGUAGGAGGUCGAUUCUAGUUUAGGCUAUACAUGGUCCACAAUGUAUCGAAACAGGCAGGGAUUGCCGUGCGAACCCGCAACCUUCUGGCCCGUAGCCCCACGGAAAGCAACUCUGCCACAAAAGCAUGCUCCAGUGGUAGAGUCGAUAUCCGUGCUUAUAAACCAGGGUCGCUACAAUUGUAUUACACUACUGAGCAUAAUCUAGGUUUGAGGGAGCAUGUUUAGCCAUGUUUUGCAGGUUCAGUCACUCUAUCGUGGUUUAAACCCCUGCAUCUGUGGAGUAAAACUGUGUCUGAGACAGAUUAACUAACCUACUCAACAGAAGAGACAGGAGCAUACUGUACCUUUGGAUUUUCCCAUUGUUGGGCUGCCUGUUCAGUUAAUUUGUUAUGGCUUUACCACCUGUAUAUCUCUCCCUAGACGCUGCCAUGUCUCCAAAGAUCACGGUGGAGCUGCUGCGGCAGCUACGGCAAGCCAUGAGGAACACCAAAUACAUCGCUGAGCCCAUCCAGGCCUACAUUGUCCCCUCUGGAGACGCACACCAGGUACUGAACACACACACAAGGUCACGCACACACACGGUCGCACGCACGCAAGAACACACACAUGUACACACAAUUACUAAUUAUAAAUAAUUAACGAUAGUUAGUAUAAGUCUGCCUGACCUCUAGACAUAGACAAGGUGACUUUCUAGCAGGGUCCUAUCCAUCUCCACAUCUUUCUCUCAACUCUUUCUUUCUCUCUCUCUCUCUCUCUAAUCCUCAUCCCUCCCUUUCACCCUCUCUUUCACUCUCUGGUCUUGAGUCGUGAUGUGAAAAGAGGAAUAAUUAAGAUGUUAUAAUAACUGCUAGGGGACCACUUAAACCUGAUUACUGCUGGAUCUGAUCUAAUCUCUCUCUCUCUGUCUCUGUCUGUCUCUCUCUCUGUCUCUCUCUGUCUCUGUCUGUCUCUCUGUCUCUCUCUGUCUCUCUCUCUCGCUCUCUGUCUCUCUCUGUCUCUCUCUCUCUCUCUGUCUCUCUCUCUCUUUCUCUCUCUGUCUCUUUAUCUCUCUCUCUCUCUGUGUCUGUGUGUCUCUGUCUCUCUGUCUCUCUCUCUCUCGCUCUGUCUGUCUGUCUCUCUGUCUGUCUCUCUCUAUCUUUUUCCUCUUUUUCUCUCUCUCAUUAGAGUGAAUACAUCGCACCAUGUGACUGCAGACGUGAAUUCAUUUGUGGCUUCAAUGGCUCCGCAGGUAUUGUGUGUGUGUGUCUGUGUACUUGUGUCAGGAUCUAGUUCCCUUGUUAUAAAGGAGGUUGAUAUGUUGAGAACACCAGUGAAUACACAAAGACAAACUAUUAUUAAAACUUUGGUAAUGUCAGACCAUAUGAAAUCCACACUUCAUACAAUACCAGGGCAGUUGUAUUGUAAUUUCCCAUAAAUGCACACCAUGCUUAUAACAGUGAAUUUAUACGCUACGCCCUAAGAAAGAACAGGACAUCUAUAAACAAAAAGACAGACAUUUUGCUCUUAUUGAAUUCGGGUCAGAGAUUGGACACAUUGAUAAUCAAAUGAAAUAAGGCCAUAGAAACAGAGAACAGUUAUGUAGCCUUGCUUGACAAGCUUUGAACAGUAGCAUAGUGACAACUAAAGACAUUACUAAGAAUCAGAUAUUAAGACGACAUGUCUACAGGUACAGCCAUAGUGACAGAGAAUAGAUACUGUAUGUAGCCUUGAUUGAUUGAUGACAUGUCUCCAGGCACGGCCAUAGUGACAGAGAAGCAUGCAGCCAUGUGGACAGACGGACGGUACUUCCUCCAGGCCAGCCAGCAGAUGGACAACAACUGGACCCUCAUGAAGAUGGGUAAACAACAACAGCAGCACUCUUAGUUCUUGAAUUGAAAUGGCAUCUGAAGACACCUAGUUGAAGCUAGUAUAUGUGGAACUUGGUUUCUUCUGCAUCUAAAGUUCCAACUUUAAAGCAACUGCCCUUAACCACCUUAGUAUAGAUUGGCCAAUGCUUCUCUUGAUAAGACAUACUACACAUGGGACAGUCUGCUGUGUUUUGAAAUGUGUCCGUAUUUGAUGGUUCAUUGUGGAUCUUUCCUGUCACCAGGUCUAAAGGAGACUCUUAGCCAGGAGGACUGGCUGAUCAGUGUUCUGCCUGAGAACUCUACAGUAGGAGUGGACCCCUGGAUCAUUGCUGCUGGUCAGUAGAGCGCUACAUCUCUUACGUCAUAUAAAAUAACACAGUAAUAAUUAUGUAAUACACAUUCGCAGAUUGCUCCCGUUAUACAUGUAUAGAAUUACAUGAAUUAAAUGUUGUGUACUAUACUUACAGUACUAAGUAUCUACCAUUUUGUUCCUGGCUUUCUAUCAUUACAUGACCUGUCGGUUGUUCCAUCCAGACCAGUGGAAGAACAUGUCUAAGGCCCUGGCCAGUGCAGGCCACUCCCUGGUGGCUGUUCAGGACAACCUGAUAGAUGCCAUCUGGAUGGACCGUCCAACCAGACCCUCCACUCAGCUCAUCACCCUGGGCCUGGGGUUCACCGGUCGGUAGUACCACUUGGAGCAGUUGGUCUAUGUCAAAUACAUGAAACAAAUGCAUUAUUGACCUAUUCAACAUUGUAGAGGUGUUAUGUAUCCUAUCUUGUGAUUGGUUGAAAGGUAGUAGCUGUACAUGUGUGUACAAUGUAUUGAUACAGAAAGGAUUUUGUUGAGCAGUGAUGAUGGCAUGAUGACAUCUUCCUCAGCAAUGGUUCACAAUUAAUCCAGGUCCUCCUCUGUUCCAGGUCUGACCUGGCAGGACAAGAUGACCGCUCUAAGAUCCAAGAUGGCCGAGAGGAAGAUCUCCUGGUUCGUUGCCACGGCGCUGGAUGAGAUUGCAUGUAUGAUUCCCUUUAUACUAAUAUAGUUACUAUCACACAACACAGAGACAUUUUCCUAUAUGAUUUGUUGGUUAAGAGCUUGUAAGUAAGCAUUUCACGGUAAGGUCUACACCUGUUGUAUUCGGCGCAUGUGACAAAUAAAAUUUGAUUUGAUUUUUACCCUAAACAGUAAUUGGAUUUACCAUGUACAAUAACACCAGCUCACUAACCCUGGUCAUGUUGAGUUACAAUGUGCACAGACUUUCGUUCCAACCCAGCUCUAGCACACCUGAUUCAGCAAAUGAAAUGUCUUGAUUGAUGAGUAGUUGAUCGGUUGAAUCAGGUGUGUUAGUGCUGGGCUGGAACAAAAGUCUGCCCGACCAGUAGCUCUCCAGGAUGGGUUGAUGCUCUUCAUUGAAUGACCUCACCAAAGAGUGGUAGCAGGCACAGCCAAUCGCAUCGACUCCACGGUUACAUUGCAUAACCCUGUGAGGUAGACACGGCACCCCCUGAUCACGAUCCAAGGACCCUGGGGCUGUACGGGUGACCCUGUGGAUGCCUGUCUGAGCACCACGUUAGCCAGCCCUAACGAGCCUAUAGAGCUCUCAGAGCUGAUUGGCUGGCCAGAGUGUUUGUGUUAAUUAGGGAGGACAAUGUUGAUGUUGAUUGCAGUCGUCCAGUCACUUUUAGACCAGUGUGUCUAAAUGAGGGGGUUUGUCUGGGCUUCUUCCCUAGAGGGUGAAGAGGGUAACCUCAUAAUAAUAAUAAUAUAAAUAAUAAUAACAAUAAUAAUAAUGACGAUUAUGAUUAUAAUAAUAAUGAAUAUUAUAAUGAUUAUUAUAAUAAUAAUAAUAAUAAUAAUACACACAGUCCUAGCUAAUUUAUUUUGAGCUUUCAAAAUUCUAACUACUGUACAUACAUACACUACUGAAUUUGUUGAAGGAGAACAGGAAAAAUCGCAUCCACAAAACAGGUGUAAAGUGGUAGUCUUUUAACUGUGUUACUCUUCCCAGGGCUGUUCAACCUCCGUGGCUCUGACAUCGAGUACAACCCUGUUUUCUUUGCGUAUGCCAUCGUUGGAAUGAACACAAUAAGGUAAAAUACAUAAAUGAAUCUAAAAUAACAUAAAAACACUUUACUUUCUUUCCAGACUGUCCUUUCUCUGACACAGCAUAGAAUGCACAACAUAGUUUGACCUCCCAUGAGAAGUAGGUCAUGAAUCUGACCUCUAACCUCUGACCUCUCCUAGGCUCUUCGUGGAUGUCAAGCGUCUGGCCGAGCCGACGGUGAGGGAGCACCUUCAGCUUGACACACCCUCUAAGGCGGAGCUUAGCAUCCAGACUGCCCCCUACGAGUCUGUGUUCACGGAGCUGCAGGCCGUGUGUGCCUCCCUGGGGCCCAAGGAGAAGGUGUGGAUCAGCGACAAGGCCAGCUGCGCCCUCACGCAGGUCAUCCCCAAGGUGAGAGAGUGCGACUGUGGAAUGUCUGACACAAAAUGGCUGUUGUGGGUGCUCAUGCAGGUUAUUCCCAAGGUGAGAGAGUGCGAAUGUCUGACACAAAAUGGCUGUUGUGGGUGCUCAUGCAGGUUAUUCCCAAAGUGAGAGAGUGCAACUGCAUAGUCAGGCACAAAAUGACCACUGUGCAUAGCUAUAUCACACUGGUGGAUGGGGAUGAGUUACCCCCAAACAAUGUAAAGUAAUUUGUCGUAAAGAAAAGCUCUACCUUUCUGUUAAUACAUGUAGGCCUAUUUAGUAAAAUGAUAUGUGUAACAUAAGGUACCUACUAAUUAAUUGCUUUGUUUUUCUGUUUUGUCCACAGGCCCACCGGUCUCCUGUCCCCUACACUCCUCUCUGCCUCGCCAAAGCUGUCAAGAACGCCACCGAGAUUCAAGGGAUGAAAAUGGCCCAUGUAAGUUACGUUUGACCUUUUGACCCCUAGAUGUAUUUCAUUUGAUUUCAGACAUCAUAAAAUCUCCAUAAAUGUAUCAACAACCAGCCAUUGAUCAUGUUUGACUUUUUCUCCUCAACCACAGAUCAAGGAUGCUGUCGCCCUUUGUGAGCUCUUCGCUUGGUUGGAAAAAGAGGUACUAUAUAUUGUUUGCACCUUACACCUUUAAAAAAAUAUAUAUAUAUUUUCCAGUAGUUUUGUAGCUGAAUGUAGUAUUACAGUUUUAUGAUUACAGACUUUUUGGCUGUGACAGUGUUGCCAUGGCUACGUGUCAUGACCUGCGUGGUGGUUGUUUUAUAGAUUCCAAAAGGCACAGUGACUGAGAUCUCUGCAGCAGAUAAGGCUGAGGAGUUACGCAGGUGGGGGUCUCCUUUUCACUUCAACCAUAAAAUAACAAAACUAUGUAAUAACACAAUCUGUGAUCUGCAAUCUGUUUCACUCCAACUUCACUUAUUAUCCUGGAUCUUUAGAUUUAGAUUUGAUAGGUUCUGUGCAGUCACUACACAGUGAAAAAUAAUUUCUGAAGCACAAGGCAAUAGGACAAUGGGAAGAUCUCAAUUGCAUACUCCUCAUCUCUUUCUCAAAACCGAUUGGAGGAGAAGGACAGAGGGGAGGGACCUCUGGCUUUCUCAUCCAAUGGGUUUUGAGAAGGAGACAAGGAGAGAGUAGAGAGGAUGCAAGGAUAUUCCCAGUGAGUAAGAGGUUUUUGCAUGAGAGGGAUAUUUAGCAUUUUAACUCCCUCUAUUGAAACAAUUAGGAACUGUAUGUUCCUACUGCAACUCUGUGUUGCAUCGUGCUUAAGAACAGCCCUUAGCCGUGGUAUAUUGGCCAUAUACCACACCCCCUCAGGCCUUAUUGCUUAAAUAUUAAUGUGUUUUAUGUGGUUUUAGCCAACAGAAAGACUUUGUCGGGCUCAGUUUUCCAUCCAUUUCCAGUGUUGGACCAAACGGGGCAAUCAUUCAUUACAGGUAUCUUUGUUUAUUGCAUUAAUGUAACUUUAUUACAAUGUAAUUAAUGUAAAGUUGUCUAUAAUCAUGUUUUUGAUAACUGAUUUGUAUUUAUGUACUUAUUUUUCUUGUCCUCCUAUAGUCCCCUCCCUGAAACCAACAGAACUCUCUCUUUAAAUGAAAUCUACCUCCUUGACUCUGGAGCCCAGUAUAUGUAAGCAAUAAUCCUACAUGUAAUAAUGCUACACAUAAUCCUACAUGUAAUAAUGCCACACAUAAUCCUACAUGUAAUAAUGCCACACAUAAUCCUACAUGUAAUAAUGCCACACAUAAUCCUACAUGUAAUAAUGCCACACAUAAUCCUACAUGUAAUAAUGCCACACAUAAUCCUACAUGUAAUAAUGCCACACAUAAUCCUACAUGUAAUAAUGCCACACAUAAUCCUACAUGUAAUAAUGCCACACAUAAUCCUACAUGUAAUAAUGCCACACAUAAUCCUACAUGUAAUAAUGCUACACAUAAUCCUACAUGUGAUAAUGCUACACAUAAUCCUACAUGUAAGCAUGGCAUUCACUAAGACAUGUAAUAAUGUGACACAUAAGAAAAGCACGUUACAAAUACAACUUAGUAUUAUUAUUAUAAUAAGUUCUGGUGAUUUAUAGUGACGGAACAACAGACGUCACCCGCACCAUGCACUUUGGAUCCCCCUCUGCUUAUGAGAAGGUAACAGUUCUCCAUAUGGCCUCUCCUCUCAUGCUACAGCAUAUGACAGAGGGAAAGUCCCAGUGUUAUGUUCAUUGACCUAUGGAUUUUCUCUCUGUAUCUCAGGAAACCUUCACCUAUGUUCUGAAAGGACAUAUAGCCGUCAGCGCUGCCAUUUUCCCCAACGGAACCAAAGGUGAGACCUUGUUGUUUAUGGAGUGCUCAAGAUUGCCAGUGUUUGUUUUUAAAUGAAUAAUAUGUGAAAUGUAAACUACCUCCACUCCCUCCUCCUCCACCCCUCCACCCUUAGGCCACCUGCUGGACUCGUUUGCCCGCCAGGCGCUGUGGGAGUCUGGGCUGGACUACCUCCAUGGUACAGGCCACGGGGUGGGAUGUUUCCUCAAUGUCCACGAGGGACCCUGUGGCAUCUCCUACAAGACCUUCGCCGACGAGCCCUUGGAGGCAGGCAUGAUCGUCAGCGAUGGUGGGUACACACACACAUAUGGACGUACACGCACUCACAUACACACACGCAGGCACGCAUACACACACACUCACUAUCAUGCAUGCAUGCAUACACAAACACACAGACAAUUUAACUACAGUGGGGAGAACAAGUAUUUGAUACACUGCCGAUUUUGCAGGUUUUCCUACUUACAAAGCAUGUAGAGGUCUGUAAUUUUUUAUCAUAGGUACACUUCAAUCCAGAAAAUCACAUUGUAUGAUUUUUAAGUAAUUAAUUUGCAUUUUAUUGCAUGACAUAAGUAUUUGAUCCAUCAGAAAAGCAGAACUUAAUAUUUGGUACAGAAACCUUUGUUUGCAAUUACAGAGAUCAUACGUUUCCUGUAGGUCUUGACCAGGUUUGCACACACUGCAGCAGGGAUUUUGGCCCACUCCUCCAUACAGACCUUCUCCAGAUCCUUCAGGUUUCGGGGCUGUCGCUGGGCAAUACGGACUUUCAGCUCCCUCCAAAGAUUUUCUAUUGGGUUCAGGUCUGGAGACUGGCUAGGCCACUCCAGGACCUUGAGAUGCUUCUUACGGAACCACUCCUUAGUUGCCCUGGCUGUGUGUUUCGGGUUGUUGUCAUGCUGGAAGACCCAGUCACGACCCAUCUUCAAUGCUCUUACUGAGGGAAGGAGGUUGUUGGCCAAGAUCUCGCGAUACAUGGCCCCAUCCAUCCUCCCCUCAAUACGGUGCAGUCGUCCUGUCCCCUUUGCAGAAAAGCAUCCCCAAAGAAUGAUGUUUCCACCGCCAUGCUUCACGGUUGGGAUGGUGUUCUUGGGGUUGUACUCAUCCUUCUUCUUCCUCCAAACACGGUGAGUGGAGUUUAGACCAAAAAACUCUAUUUUUGUCUCAUCAGACCACAUGACCUUCUCCCAUUCCUCCUCUGGAUCAUCCAGAUGGUCAUUGGUAAACUUCAGACGGGCCUGGACAUGCGCUAGUUUGAGCAGGGGGACCUUGCGUGUGCUGCAGGAUUUUAAUCCAUGACGGCGUAGUGCGUUACUAAUGGUUUUCUUUGAGACUGUGGUCCCAGCUCUCUUCAGGUCAUUGACCAGGUCCUGCCAUGUAGUUCUGGGCUGAUCCCUCACCUUCCUCAUGAUCAUUGAUGCCCCACGAGAUGAGAUCUUGCAUGGAGCCCCAGACCGAGGGUGAUUGACCGUCAUCUUGAACUCCUUCCAUUUUCUAAUAAUUGCGCCAACAGUUGUUGCCUUCUCCCCAAGCUGCUUGCCUAUUGUCCUGUAGCCCAUCCCAGCCUUGUGCAGGUCUACAAUUUUAUCCCUGAUGUCCUUACACAGCUCUCUGGUCUUGGCCAUUGUGGAGAGGUUGGAGUCUGUUUGAUUGAAUGUGUGGACAGGUGUCUUUUAUACAGGUAACGAGUUCAAACAGGUGGAGUUAAUACAGGUAAUGAGUGGAGAACAGGAGGGCUUCUUAAAGAAAAACUAACAGGUCUGUGAGAGACGGAAUUCUUACUGGUUGGUAGGUGAUCAAAUACUUAUGUCAUGCAAUAAAAUGCAAAUUAAUUACUUAAAAAUCAUACAAUGUGAUUUUCUGGAUUUUUCUUUUAGAUUCCGUCUCUCACAGUUGAAGUGUACCUAGGAUAAAAAUUACAGACCUCUACAUGCUUUGUAAGUAGGAAAACCUGCAAAAUCGGCAGUGUAUCAAAUACUUGUUCUCCCCACUGUAUUUCUCUCUGUCUGUUUCUUUCCGUCUCUGUCUGUUUCUCUCUCUCACAUACACACCUGAACUUGCCUCCUUCCUUUCCUCAGAACCUGGGUACUAUGAGGACGGCUCCUUUGGCAUUAGAAUUGAAAACGUUGUCUUGGUGGUGCCAGCAAAACCCAAAGUAAGAGAUUGACUGAAUAAGUAUAAAAUGAAGUGAAGUGAAGAAUGAGUUGAUGUCUAUGGAGACAGAUUGACUAAGUGUAAAGUGGAUAGAGUGGAGAAUGAGUAUUUCUAUUUGUGGUAAGACAUUGACUGAAUAAGUGUAAAAUGAAGUGUGAACACUGGAGUGAAGACCAUGUGACCUUUGUGUCUGUGUCCUCAGUACAACUACAGAAACAAGGGUAGUCUGACGUUUGAGCCUCUCACUCUGGUCCCCAUCCAAGCCAAGAUGGUGAACACAGAUCUUCUCACCCAGAAAGAGGUCAGUCUUGGUCCUCAUUCUUUGGAAUUCAUAUUUUACCAAACACACUGUUUCUUUAGGAAUUAUCAUUCAUUUAUUUAUACUAAAAUAAAGCACUAAUUUAUUUCUAAUAAAAAAGCUGUAAAAUGUAAACAUAGCACUUGAAACUUGGGUAGAAAUACUGUAAUGGUUGGUUGAGUUGAAUGAAGGGACAAUCUUUGUUUCAAAUCAGUUUUGCCAUAUGAGAUAAGGAAGUCUUCAGGAAAUAUCCAAAUAUCCACGGGUGCUCUUUGAAACCGGGGAAAUUGAUCAGAAAUAGUUCUGCCAUUUUGUAUGAUAUCACUAUGUGUGUGACACGCUCUCCUCUCUUCCUGCAGCGUGAUUGGGUGAACGAGUACCACAGGCAGUGCCGGGAGACGAUUGGAGCAGAGCUGCAGAGGCAGGGCCGCAAGGAGGCUCUGGAUUGGCUGAUCAGGGAAACCCAGCCAAUCGCCUGAAGGCUAAUCUGUGACUGACUCUUAUUUAAUCCAAUGGUAUUGCCCAGGAGUAUGAUUGAUAGAUCGAUCGAUCAGUUGAUUGCUCAUCUCAGCAGUGAUUAUCUUUUCUUUUGAUAUUUUCUCUGAGAAGCUAUUAUCUAUCGUUCUGGUCUCUGUGUAUUUCACGCUACGCUUAUUUUCUAAAGCACACCAUCCAUGUCUGAACUGUUUUAUGACGAUUAAAUAAAAAUCUCAAGUGUGGAAAAAAUUAACUUUCACAACUUCCAAAUAACUUCAUCAAAGUUCAUCCACUUUAGACAGUUGUUUCCAAAAUUGUGGACAAUGUGUACUCCUCCACCUUACAAACUUGAAUAGGACAACAAAAAUGUAAAACACCCCUCCUAUGAAGUGGAACAUUCCACCUUCCUCUAGAGCUGCAUGUAAAAGUUGGGUGGGUCCAGGAUGAUACCACUAUUGGGAUCGUUGGCGUAGUCCUGAAAAGUUGGCUCUUGCUCCUUCGAUCCACCGGGGGUGAUAUUCUGGAUAUUGUCCUCUUCCUCCAUCCCUAUGGGUAGAGGGUUACUGUAGAUGUAGUAGAUUCUAGAGUUGUCCUUAGGUGCAUCCUGUUUUCUGAAGAAUGAGAGAGGGUUUCUGAAACUGGUGGAUCUCUUGACGGCUCUGAUGUCCACCGGGUUGACUGGUACUUCACGAAGCACAGCACUCUCAUACAUAAGGGCCCUCUUGGACAGCCUGAAAGAGGGGGGGGGGGGGGGUGGAGAGAUAUGUAAUGCGCUUUCAGGGAACUGUGGGACAUUCUAUGUGUUCUUUCAUGUCAUUUUAAACCAAUGCAUUAAAAUGUCCGUCAUUAUUUUGUGUGUCCCACCAACAUGGCAAAAACUGUUGCUGUAAAAGACCAUGCAGUUUCAUCAUAUGUCCAUGGAGUGGCACUGUUCAGCUGUGUUAAAUGUAGAGCGGGACAGUGAGGAAAAGACUACACCAGAGGAAGAUUGGCUCAUUAUAAUGACUGGAAUGGAAUCAAUGGAACGGUAUUAAACACAUCAAACAUGAAAACCACAUGUUUGACUCCAUUCCAUUGAUUCCAUUCCAACCAUUCCAAUGAGCCAGUCCUCCUAUAGCUCCUCCCACCAGCCUCAUAUUAGAUUACCAAAUAUUUAGUUUGCUUCAAUGAAGCCUAAUGAGUGAGAGUCAUUACUAAGAUUACUUUAGUUGAGGAUGCCAACAUGACUCAGAGAGGUAAUUAUAAGGCAGCGAUAUUAACAUGACCCAGAGACAGGUAACCUCAUGCGACUGUGACAGGAGAUGCAAAGCAAGAGGUAUGACUCUGCCCAAAAUCUGUCCACAAAAAUAUUUCUAUGGAGGUCAAAAAGAGAGUGUUGAAUUUUGGUCAAUAAAACAUUUAAUUGCUAAUUUGCUAAGUGAGGCUUAUUUGAUAAAAUAGACGUUUCGUAAUGGUUAGGUUGUUACGAAUGCACUGAUAUAAGUGGACACGUGGCAUUUCUGCAACUUACCCAAAAACGACUUUAUAUUGGAUAUGUGCCUGUUGUGAUAGAGAUAGAUAGAGGACUCAUCAUGGUUUUAACCUGUUUUAGCAUAGACAUUGCCAUUGAGGGCUUCCACCAUUUUAAAGUAGUAAACUGAGUGGGGAUUCCUAUGAGUUGGGAGAAAUCAGCCAUUGGAGUAGACAAUUUGCUAAUUUUAAAUAGAGAUGCUCUCACAGACGCUAUAAUGGCACAGAUACAACGAUGAGUCCUCUAUUUAUAUCUAUGGCUUGUUUACACAAUUAUCUGCCCUCUCAUUGGCUAGAAUGGUCCCACCUGAUCUCGCCUCCUUCUUCCUGCUAUCUUUGAGGACAUAUCCAAUAUCUUGUCAAUAUAAUAAACAAUAGUUUCAUAUGUAGUACAGAGCAUUAUGGGUAUUGUAGUACAUCAAGCCUUACCGUCUGCGGUUGUGACAGGAUAUGCUGCAGAACAGGCCAGUGAUGGUGAGAACACACAAGGCUAGAGACAUUAGGAUGAUGUUGAACACCUUGAACUCUGGAACAAGAAAAAACAGAACAGGUGACUAUGGUGACCAUAUUCUGAGAAGAGGGGAAAACAAGUGAAGACUAGGGUCCACCUUCAUUUCAAGUAAAACGCUUAAACUUAUUCAACACACAAUGUCACACUCAACCAAAAACAUUCCCAAUUCAACUUACAAAUGAAGAGGCUAAGUUUGGAUUCAACAGUGACCCUUCAUACAAUAUGUUUGUAGAUACCAAAAGCAGGCCUAUAGUUUACCUUACCUACCAUGCAAUGCUGCGUUCAUAUCCUGGUCGACCGUGGUGAGAGCUGCGGUCCUGUUCAUAUCAAAUGCCAUCACCGUCACACUGCUGUGGUUGUGGGUCCCAAUCCCACUCAUGUUGUUGCCAUUGGCAUCCACCACAUAGACUGAUCCCAGGCUUCAAG